AAUUAUUAUGUGCCACUUACAAGUCAAGAAGUAGAAAAGUAGAAACACAGAGGCCGCGGGAGAGGCGAGCAGAGGGUCACGUAAUAAGAGAGGAAAUAUCAAAAUGGCCAGGUUUUUCAGUCUCAACACCGGUGCCCAGAUACCCUCAGUAGCGCUUGGGACAUGGCAGGCCGACCCCGGAGUGGUCGGAGAAGCCGUCACCUCUGCCAUCAAGACUGGCUAUAGGCAUAUAGACACUGCUCGGAUUUACGGAAAUGAGAAAGAGAUUGGGUUGUAUUUGAAGAAGCUGUUUGCUGAUGGUGUUGUAAAGCGUGAAGAUUUGUUUAUAACAUCAAAGCUCUGGUGCGAUAGCCAUGCUCCAGAAGAUGUAGAAGAGGAGCUAAAUUUAACUUUGAAAGAUCUACAGCUCGAUUAUGUGGAUCUUUACCUGAUACACUGGCCAUUCCGACUCCAGAAGGGAACAAACUUAAGACCUGAAAAUCUUAUCCAACCUGAUAUACCUAGCACAUGGAGUGCAAUGGAAAAGCUCUAUGAUUCUGGAAAGGCUCGUGCUAUUGGUGUGAGCAAUUUUUCCACCAAGAAGUUGGAGGAUUUGCUGAGCAUUGCACGUAUUCCACCUGCUGUAAACCAGGUGGAAUGCCAUCCUGUCUGGCAACAAGCCAAGCUUCGUUCCUUCUGUCAAUCCAACGGAGUUCACCUCUCAGGAUAUUCUCCGCUAGGUUCUUCCGGGUCAAAGUGGGUAAAAGGGAAUGUCCUUGCAAACUCUGUUCUUACCGAGACUGCAGAGAAAUUGGGAAAGACUGCUGCGCAAGUAGCUCUUCGUUGGGGAAUCCAAGUUGGUAACAGUGUACUGCCGAGGAGCACCAAAGAAUCUAGAAUACGAGAAAACUUUGACGUGUUCGAUUGGUCCAUACCUGAUGAUCUGUUUGCAAAGUUCUCCACCAUUCAACAGGAAAAGCUAAUCAGAGGAGAUUUCUUUGUUAGCGCUCAAGGCUUAUAUAAAAGUGUGGAGGAGAUUUGGGAUGGGGAUAUUUGAUUAUGCGAGAUUAUCGUUUUCCGGCUGUAAUUUUGCUUUAUAACAAUAUUCGUGGCAGUCGCAUUAUUCCUCUUUUCUGUCUUCGAUUUCUAAAUAAUUUGGCAUUGGUGCAAAUGCUCCCUGUUUUAAAUCAAAAGAAAAUAUUAUGUGAUUGGUAUUUUACUGCUUCACAGCUUUUGCAUGACGGUUGAGGUGCAUAUCCAAGCA